GAUUAAAUGGUCGAAGCAUUCAUAUUUGUAUACUGAGCCUUAUGAGCCAAUUGUACAUAGAACUUUUGACAACAAUCAACCUGAACUUUUGUACAUUCCUGAAAUAUUUGCAAUACAAAUUAUAAAAGAUUUUUUUGCUGAAAUAAUGGCUGGAGGUCGUGGGUUCAGAUAUCCAGAUUAUGAUGAAUUGUCACAAAUUGAUACUCUUAGUUUUUCACUAAAUAUCGCUCUUUUCAAAACUAAGAAAACCGACUAUAUUGAAAGGAUUCAAAGCAGUGAAAAAAAAUUUACUCCUACCGUCGCUCCAGUGAUAAAUAUUGACAGAUUUAAAGCGGAAGAGUGGAAAAAUUAUAACGAAAAAAUUCUUGAAAAAAAAAAACAAACUAAAAUCGACCAAGACUGGGCUGAGGUUUACAGUAAAUUUAUAAUGUUUAAGUCGAUUUAUGAUUCCAUCAAAACACAAACGUUUGUGGCUGAAAAUCUAAAGACUAAAGCAAUCAAUAAUAUGAUCAGACAAGCGAUUCCAGAAUCAAUGUUCUCGGAAAUAUCAAAAUUGAGAAAGGUCUUUGAAUAUACCGUGAUUGUUAUAGAAAAUGAGAAUAUUAGUUUAGAAAAUUUUCUUGAAGAAAUACGAGAUUUAAACAUUACUUUAAAUUAUCUUCAGGAGAUUAAUAAAGAUGGUUUUUUGGCUUUACUUAGCGCUAUCAUGAAUAAAAAAGAG